UCUCUUCCUGGUAGCCACCAGCUAACCUACAUUCUUGCUGACAGCAGAGAUUCCGCUUUAAAUAACGCUAGGUGUGUGUCAGCUGACAGCUGUGUGAUGCUAGCAUGUUAGCUCCGGAGCUAGCAAGCAGACAGUACUAAUUUUGUAUUUACCAAACCAGCUGCAUUUGCUCUUUUAUAGUUCGAUUAUUUUUUGUUAGACCUGAACAUUGUUUAACGUUAUAUGACUAAAGCGAACAAGUCUGUCGACAUUAAACACUGUCACGCUAAGUUGUGUUUAUAGCACUAGCGAGCUAGCAGCUAGGAAGCUAAUCCUCCUAGCAACUGUGGCUAGCCCCGGGCGUCUUCAUGGAGAGCUUUAAAGAGUUAGUUGAGCUUCCAAGAUUGGUCGGAAGGGUAAGUUAUGUGAACACAGUGUAGACGGAAGGCUUCCGCUCAGGUAAAUGUGGAUUAAAUGGCAAAAACGGAGCAGGGCAAUGGACUGGACAUGCGGGGCAGCACAGAGAAGCUGACAGAUAAUAAUGGCAAAGGCGGCUCGUAUGGAUCAGACCCAGAGAUAAAUGGCACCGUCCCCGGGGAGAGACAGGUGGACAAGUAUGGAUUCACUGGAGGAGCACAGCAGCACUCCGGAGAGACUGCUGAAGAAAUACCCCCUGAGGUGCUGAGGCAGCGGGAGGUAAAAUGGCUGGAGAUGCUCAACAGCUGGGACAAAUGGAUGGCCAAAAAACACAAGAAGGUGAAAGAGCGCUGUCAGAAGGGGAUCCCUCCAUCCCUGCGUGGCCGGGCCUGGCUCUACCUUACGGGGGGCAAAGUGAGAAGGGAGCAAAACCAGGGAAAAUUCCAUGAACUGGACAGCCGGCCAGGAGAUCCUAAAUGGGUAGAUAUUAUAGAGCGGGACCUCCAUCGACAGUUCCCCUUCCAUGAAAUGUUUGCAGCAAGAGGAGGUCAUGGGCAGCAAGACCUGUUCCGUGUGUUGAAGGCUUAUACUCUGCAUCGCCCCGAGGAGGGUUACUGUCAGGCUCAGGCUCCCAUCGCUGCUGUUCUUCUAAUGCACAUGCCAGCAGAGGAUGCAUUCUGGUGUCUUGUUCAGAUCUGUGAGAAAUACCUUCCUGGUUACUACAGCACAGGGCUGGAGGCGAUCCAGCUGGACGGGGAGAUCCUGUAUGCUCUCCUGCGGCGUGUGUCUCCUGUGGCCCACCGUCACUUAAAGAAGCACAAACUGGAGCCCAUCCUGUACAUGACCGAGUGGUUCAUGUGCGCUUUCUCUCGGACUCUGCCGUGGGCCUCGGUGCUGCGGGUCUGGGACAUGUUUCUUUGUGAGGGAGUGAAGAUCCUCUUUCGAGUGGGCCUGGUUCUCCUAAAAUGCAUGUUGGGAUCCCAAGAGAAAGUGAAGUCCUGUCAAGGCCUCUAUGAAACAAUGGAGCUGCUGCGAGCCAUACACCCACAGUACAUGAGAGAAGGCUUCCUGGUGCACGAGAUCAUCGAGUUAGUGGUGUCUGAGAAGGACAUUGAGAAGGAACACCUCGCUCAGCUGCGGCACUGGAAGGAGACUCGCGGAGAUCUACACUGCAAGUCCCCUCCCAGGAUGCACGGCGCUAAGGCCAUCAUGGCCGCCGAGCCGCCCAGUCGACAGGACCUGAAGCAAAUGCCCACCAUCAUUGUGGAGUCUCCCCUGGCACCCAAGACAGACCGGGAGAGAGUAGAGGACGCCAAGGACAGUGGAAAGGAGGAAAAACAGAAGAAAACACUCCUACCGCCACAACAGACUGUAAAUCCUGCCUUUCCUCCCACUGACCCUUCACCUCUCGUCGAAGGCAAGAAUGGAAAAGGGUCCAAAGAGAGUCUGAGCAGCGCAGAGCAUGACACCUACCUGUAGCAGGCUAAGUGUCACCAGCUUACUAACAUAAAUCAUUCCAUACAGCCUCGACUAACUCACUAACGUUCUCACAUAUCACAGUUGUCAGUGACAUGACAAACUUUUCCAUGACUUGGUGUGUCCGUAGGAGUCGUAACUGUGACAGGUUUUAAGAAAAAAUUACAAUCAAGAAAUAAGUAAUCAAAGCUGGCCUGAGCAGAAUGCCUCUGCUCAGAUCAUGAAGCAGUCACUGUGAUACUCAACACAUUUUCAGUGUAAUUUCAUUUAUAUAGGUUGCAAUGUACUCUACUUUAAACUAAGUGCAGUUAUGGACAUUUAGGAUAAAAGUAUGUGGAGCUCAGAGGUGUGUAAUUGCCAGGGAGCAACAACAGAUGGAGACUAUGUGCCCUUUGCGCACAUAGGUUUUUGGCGCUAUUAGCUUCAUAUGACUGAACUUGUGGGGAUAUACACUCGCUAACUCACUGUUAAAGGUAUACUAUGCAGGAUUGUCGUGCUACAUUACAGAGAAAUACAAAACCGUACUAAUGACCCUUCAUUAAUAUAGGCCUAUAUUUUAUCUACAAGUGCACGUCACACACUGAGCAAGCCGCCUGUUAAUGAUGCUGUCGGCAAAGCAGUAAUGAUUGUGCUAAGUGGCUAAUGGGCAUGUAGCUGCUUCCAUGUUUCAGAUGAUACGUCAUAUUUGUAGUCGACCAAUGAAGAUGAGUUUACGUAUCACCUUGGGUUCGUCCUUCACCUUCUCAAAAUGAUCCCACACUUUGGAUUUCCUGCCUGACAUGUUAUUAACUAGCCUGUGGAAUCAUUUUUUAGAAAAAUCCUGCACAGUAUAUCUUUACCAGCUACUGCUGUUAUUUACCUCUUAGAUUUUAAAUUUACCUCUUGGAUUUUUUACUUUGUUGUAAAUGAAGUCUGAUUUUGUCUUAAUUGAUAAGAUCUUCUCAAGAGCACUUUGCCUUUGUAGUCUUCCUCUUCGCCUACGUUAGUCACUACGUUGCCAACGCAGAGAUUUGUAUCUACCCUGCUUCGCUAGACUCGCACUAUUUAGCAGACACGCAGCUGAUCGGUGUGUCUGAUAAGCACAGUUGUUUUGACUGUUAUGCUGCAUCCAGUUUGUCUUUGCUCUUGUUGAACACUUGAGGGCGUCCAGAGAUUAUCUCACAGCCUCAGCGGUGACCAGCUCUAAUCUUUGUGAGAGCAGAAACUGACACAAUGAAGGAAGAGGUGUGCAGGGAUAUUUUUGUGCCACUAAGCCAAAGAUUUGUAAUGCAUAUUUUUUAAGACAAAUGUUGUCCAAGCAGUUUAUUCAAUCAUACUGUGAUACAGUAUUUGGGAGAGGAUUGGGUUUAUAUUUAUGUCGUGAAUGAGAUAUGGUAAAAAUGCCAUUUUGAAGAACGCUAAUAUAAAGCUGUUUUUUUGUAAUCAUGCCUAAAGGUUUGUGGAUCCUGAGACUUAAAGAUAUCUGAUGUUAAUGUAAAAAAAAAGGCAUUAGGAGAUUCCUUCUCUGAAAUCCCCAUACCAAACACUUAAUGUGAUAUUUGUUGACAAAACUGCUUUGGAUAAGUGAAAAAGAACAUUUCUUUUCUUGUGGCAUUAUUUAGCUAAAAUGAAUGGAAACACUGUGUCUUGAUAUCUGAAAUUUAUGACUACAUGAUUUUCACUUCACUUUUAAUGAGAUGGCAACUAAACUCUUUGAGCAUUGAAAGAUAUUAAAAGUCCAAGGAGCCAUGAACCUCUGAUAAUGACCAAACAGUAUGUGGAUACACAUUUUAUCUGAGAUGUUUAAAUGAAGAAAUUGUUUGGGAAAAAAAGCAAUCAGAUUAUCAGACUUUUUGCUGUCAGAGUUUUUAUAAUGAAAAACUAAUGUGGGCAUAUGUUCAUUUUCCACACUGUGGAGAUUUUUAUAUACUACAGGUUUAUUUUGUGUCUGUUAGGAAGCACUGUUUACCUGCCAUGUUGUAUGAAGCUUUUACUAUUCAGAUUUUAAAAGUGUUUGACUCUGUAGCAAGAGCUCAGCUCACACGUGACCAACAUGCAGAGUUUCUGCUGGGAGCUUUCUCUACUGUCAUGUAGAUGGAGCCAUUGAGCUUCACCCAGGGAUUCAAAUGACUGGUUACACAGUCGUCCUGAAGGAAACAGGAUAAACAGGAUGUGGUUUGGCAUCUAAAAACUUUAUGUUGAUUUAUUAAAAAGCCUUUAAAUAUCCAUCAAAAAAUGUACAUUCAGGAUGUUGAGACGCUCCUGAUUACUAACCAUUGCAGCUGUUAUGAUUAAAGAGACCAUUGUUUAAGCCUCGGGCUUGUAAAUGUGCAACUCAGGCUUAGUCCACACAGACACAGGUAUUUUUGUAAAUGUAUUUUUUUUUUAAUGCAUUUUAGCCUUUUGUCCACAUACAAACUGUGUUAUGUCACUAAAAACGAACCCAGUGUAAAACUACGUCCAGGUUUUCAGUGUUGAUGUGUGCGCCAUUAUCACCUUUGAUAAGGUGGCAUUUUGUGCAAUGGUGGAUGUGACCAAACCAGGGCUGGACAUUAACUUUUUUGUCCACCUGCCACCAUGGCUGGUGAUUUCAAAAGCUCAUCAGCCACUCUAUAGAUAACCAUUGUUCUUUUGGCCAGUAUAUGAAGAAAAUACAGC